AUGUCCAAACUCGUCAUCUUCGGAGCAACAGGCCAACAAGGCCGCUCGAUCCUCGAAACAGUCCACCAUGAUCCAGUCCUAUCAAAACAAUACUCCAUCCGCGCAAUCACACGCGACGCAACCAGCAAAGCAGCAACAGAGAUUACCAACCAAGGCAUUGAAACAGUUCAAGCCGACAUAGACGACCCAACCACUCUCCCCAGAGCCCUCGCACAAGCGCACACGGUAAUCCUAAUCACCAGCACCAUCUACGACGCAGAGCUCAAAAGCCGCGAAUACAGACAGACCAAGAACGUCGGCGAUGCAGCCGUGGCGGCAGGCGCUACGCAUAUCGUUUUCAGCACGGCGGUGCACGCAUCGAAGCUCUGGAAUGGUCGCACCAUGGACGUCUUCGACUCCAAGGCCGAGGCGGAGGCGUAUCUGCGUACGCUACAAAUUAAAGUAUCCCUGUUUAUGCCGGGCAUGUUCAUGCAGAAUCUGACUACUAUGAUGGCGCCGCGGUUGGGGCUGGACGGGACGUAUAGUGUUGCCAGUGUGCUGGACCCGGAUACGAAGGUCCCGCUUAUUGAUGCGGCGAAUGACUCGGGGAUGUAUGUUGCUGCUCUGUUGGGGGGUGAGGAGGGUGUGCGGGGCGCUACGCUCUAUGCUGCGACGAGGUUGUAUAGCUUUUCUGAGAUCGUGGGAAUCAUUUCGGCGGUGUCGGGGAAGGUGGUUCGGUAUGUGCGGCUUCCGGAUGAAGUGUAUGCUGGUUUUAUGAAGAGCGAACAGGGGGGUAGGGUUGUCUCUAUGAUGGGGUUCUUUGAGGAAGUUGGGUAUUUCGGGCCUGGGACUGGAGAUUUGGUUGAGCAGACGAGGAGUAUGGUCAAGGGACGGUUGACUACAUUUGAGGAGUUUGCAGAGAAGUAUAUGAAGGAUUUGGAGGCAUGUGCUUAA